AUGGCUGAUCCAACUGGUCCCCGUCUCGAUAUCGACAUGAUGACACCUGCUUGCGUCGUUUGGGAAUGCGACAAUAUCACACAUAGUCUGAUCGAUCCCGACCCGGCGACCCUAUCCUUCACAAUCCACUGCCCCGUCAGAUUGAAGGGGAUCGAGCCUUACACAUCCAUCUUGGGAUGGAUUCCUCCUAGCGACGUCACCUCGUUCUCCUUCGAGAUGUACCCGUGCCCCCCAGAACCAGUCCGACAGAAACUCAACUGCAACGUGACUCGCCUGCGUUUCGAUCUCUCUCAGCCUCUCCGUCUCGUUGCCCCAGCCGAAGCAACAGAACCAGUACAACUGAGAAGGCGGCGUUCGGCUGACGUCAGUAGUAAGCUCUGCUCGCUCGCCAGAGUGAAAGCCCUCGACAUUUACGUAUCCGACAAAGAGCUACCUGCUGUCAAGUUGAAAGCGUUCUCCCUGGCCGUUCGUCAAUCCGCACUCCAACCAUUCGAUGCCGAUUUUCCGACUACGUUGGCUUCGCUGUAUGGUGGCAGCGGCGGCAAGCUCAUCGACGAUGUGUCUGCACUCCGAAACCACUCAGACCACCAGCCUCCGCCGUAUGACGACCUCGAAUAUUCGCCUCCCACUUCGAUCAAACAUCCGUCUCCCACUCCGAACCAGCAUCUGCCUUCCACUGCGACCGAAUGGCCACCUACCACUGCGAUCGAAUCUACAUCCCUCCCUAACACCGCAUCCCCGCUGCCUGUAACCCUGUCUACUGAGAACAAGACCAGGAAGAGACGCCGACUGGGUUACUCGAGUAGUCCAGACUCGGUUGGCAACCGUACCGACGUCGGUUCCGCCUUGGCAGAUAAGAUGCGCCAGGAGAUGCGGAUGCUGGUACAGCGUGUUGCCCAGCUGGAGAUGGAUAGGCAGGCGCAGCAAGAUGGUCAAUUUGAUGCGGAGAAGCUGGAGAAGCGAGUCGAGCAGCUCAGCGAUGAAGUGGACAUCUUGCGUGCGAACUGCGAACAGGCGAAUGACGGUGUACACGAUAACGAGGCUGCUUUGCUUAAGACCCAGAGCGACCUUGAGGAGCUGACGGAGCGCGUUGACUUUCUGUUGCAGAACGGACUGGACAGUGAGGUGGAAGAAGAUAUGGUUCAAAGAGUCACAGAUCGCGCCACCACAAAUCUCUUGAAUAAGAGCUAUUCAUUUUCUGUCAACGAGAGUUGA